GAAGCGUAAGAAAGGAAGACCCAUCAAAGAUUCGUUUUUGUAUGCGACGCCCCGACUUUGAAAUCUCCCCCGCUACUCAACUCUCUCUCUCUCUCUUUUUAUCUACAUUCUACACCCUUCGAUCGAUCUUAAUUUUUUUUUUUCUUUCUCUGCUGCUUUUUUAUUAUUUAUUUAUUUUUUUUAAUUUUAAAGCUUGGUUUACAAGUUUAUUCCUUUUUCUGAUUCUAUUAAGAUCCCAGAUUCGUGUUUGUGAGCCUGUUUUCUCCUUGGUCGGAUCUAUCUAUAUUCUAUGCUUCCACAAAACAAAACACUGCUACACACUCGCUUAUAUUAUUCCAUCUCCUUCCUUUCUUUCUAUUUCAACCCCUUCUCUUCUCUUCUUAGCAUUUUAAUCAAACAAAAAGCAACAAACCCCUCUGCUUGAUGGACUAUUACACAGAGAAAAUGCAGCAUGGCGGUUUAGGCUUUCGUGAGUACGUUGAAGCUUUAGAAGAAGAGCGCCGUAAGAUCCAAGUCUUUCAGCGUGAACUUCCUCUUUGCCUUGAACUUGUUAACCAAGCUAUUGAUGCGUGUAGGCAACAGAUGUCAGGGACCACAACAGAGAAUAACUUGCAUGGACAAUCUGAGAGUUCGGAGCAAACCACGUCGAAUGAAGUAGUUCCGGCGUUUGAGGAAUUCAUUCCGAUGAAACGGUCUUCGGAUUUGUCUGAUGAUGAUGAGGAAGAACACUCACAUGAUGAGGAUAAGAGAGAGAAAACCAACAACAACAACAACGAUAAUAAUAAUGAUAAGAAGAAAUCGGAUUGGCUUAGAUCAGUUCAGUUAUGGCACCCAUCAUCAGAUCCACCACUUAAAGAGGAUGUGCCUAGAAAGACAACAGUGAUGGAGGUGAAGAGAAAUGGUGGGGCUUUCCAGCCUUUUCAUAGAGAGAAAAGUGUUGGGAAGAGUAAUGUGUCUGUGGUCGGAAAAUUGCCUGCUCAGGCACCGGUGGCAGCACCGGCGGUGGCGGUGGCUACGACAAGUUCAUCGGCGGAGACAGCCUCCGGAGGAAGAGGAGGAGGCGGAGGGAGUGAAAGAAGAGAUGAGAAAGAUGGACAGAGUCAGAGAAAGCAGAGAAGGAAUUGGUCCCCUGAGUUGCACAAGCGGUUUGUGAAUGCCCUUCACCAACUUGGUGGUUCACAUGCUGCGACACCUAAGCAAAUUAGGGAGCUAAUGAAGGUUGAUGGGCUUACAAAUGAUGAAGUCAAAAGCCAUUUACAGAAAUAUCGGUUGCACACAAGAAGACCAAGUCCAACAACAAUCCACAAUAAUGGCAAUCCGCAGGCACCUCAAUUUGUAGUUGUGGGAGGUAUAUGGGUGCAACCACCCGAGUAUUCAGCGGCAGUGACUGCAACAACAACAUCAGGGGAGGUUUAUGCUCCAAUGGCUGCUGUGCCUGCAGUCCAACCGGCAUCCUCAUCCCAAAUCCAAAGAUUACAAAAGGAUCCCUCAUCACAAUCUGAUGAAAGGUUUAGCCAUGGUGGAAACAGAGGUUGUUCUAAUUCUCCAGCCACAUCGUCCUCCACCCACACUACCACCACUUCUCCUGUGUUUUAAUUUUCAUAGCAUGUAAAAGUUUUUGUAAUCAAAACCUUUCUUAAUAGAUAGUUUUAUAAGAUAUCAACAUCA